AUGUCAAAGUUAAGAAUCGAAGUUGACUCUUAUUCCGGGCCGAAAUUAUCACAUUCCAACCUCAAAAUUAAUACAUCUUAUUCUCCUACACAACAGGAAAUUUUUUAUUUUCCUUCUGGAUCUUUAAGUUCACACAAAAAUUCUGUCACUUAUACAGAAGAUGACCUGGAAUCAAAUACAGAUACCCGUCAAGAACAAAGCCACAAUGAAGAAGAAGCUUCUCAGGAUUUAUACCUAAUGAAUAAAAAGCGUAUAAACUGACAAAAAUUAUUAUAUUUGAUAUAUAAAAUAGAAUAAAGGCUAGUAUGAAUGUUUUUAUUCAUUGUAAUUUGUUAUAAAACUUUAUAACCUAUCUUCCUCAAACCCCAGAAAAUGAAUAUAAAGGCUUAAUAUUUGAAGCUGAAAAUAUGACUAAAUGAGACCAAAAUAGCAUAAAUCAAACUGACUGCAUGAUGCCAGCAAAAAUAAUUAAUGCAAUGAGCACUGAAAAUUGCUUAAUCAUUGACAUUAAGACGUUGGAUUACAUAAAAAUGGAGGCUGAAGCGCAUCAGAACCUCUUUGAUGCAAUUUUCUCAGCCUUAUGGCCAAGGAAAAUUGGGUGAGAAACCAUCAGUCGAGAUUCAGGCCCGAUUAAGGUUUAUAGCGCGCUUUCCCGAGGAUGGCGCGGAAUGGCGCCAUCCUCGGGAAAGUCAACUAAGCAUCCACACGGGAACUGGGAGUUCCACGUGUGGAUGCCAUUUUUGACAUGUGGGAUCCAAACUUCCACAUGUCAAAAUGGCAUCCACACGUGGAACUCCCAGUCCCCGUGUGGAUGCCUUCCUGGCUUUCCCGAGGAUGGCACCAUUCCGCGCCAUCCUCGGGAAAGCGCUAUAUGUAUUCCGGUAGUUUUUGAUUCGAUUUCUAUGGUUGGAUAGGGUUGCCUACAUAUUCUUCGGGACUCUUAAGGUGGACCUUCACCGCGAUACUAGGGGAUGCAGUUUGGGCCUAGAAUUGAGCAUUUUACCUGCAACUACUGAGGUCAAGCACCAGCACCUACUAGGCUUCAGGCUUUCUUUCCUAGAUCAAACUCUUCUUCAAUCGCCCAAUGAAGAAUCGCGAAGUCAUAGUCCACCCACUCAACACUGAAGCCGAAAAGGCAAGGAGACAGCAUUUCCAAAGCACGAUACCUGGUAUCUGGGCCCACAGAAGGAGCAUGACGGUAUUUCGGGGCAACUUGCCAGCAAUCUCAACCGUUCAAGUAUCCAGCAGGGAGUACCACAAAACGGAUGAGCCCACAAGAAUUCUUUGUGACUGUAUAACCCCUAUUGCCCAAGCCCACCUAUUAAAUAAGUUUAAACCAUUAAGCCGUUGCAAAAUACAAAAUUAAUAAAAGAAGAAAACGAAGCUUUGAAACAGUCAUUAGAUUUGUAUAAAUUUGAAUGUGAAAGAUAUGCCAAAGAAAAUUCCCAGCUUAUUUGUGAAAUCCAGCAAAAUUCUAAAGAUCUUCAAGAUCUGUUGCAGGCGGAGAAAAAAAUAAAGUAUGAAAUGAGUGGGGUUUUGGAGAGGAAAAAAGUUAUGGAGGACGAGAUGAUAAAAAUUUUGGAGCUGGUUGAAGAUGCUAGUGAAGAUGAAGGAGUGACUCAAAGGAGCAAAAUGGCAAGACCUGGAGUUCAUUUAUUUAAUCAUAUUUGCAGCAAAUUAGAAAUUAUAAGGUCAAGGAUGCACAGAUAUAGAGCGAAAACUGAGAAAUUGCAGCAUGAUAUAUCCUCUAUAACCAUAAGCACAUUUUUUAGUUUAAAAUAAAUACAAAAGCUAACAUUUUGAAUAAUAAAUUCAAUUUAAUGAUUUUCAGCAUAAACUUCCUGAACUCUACCAUUAAAAAUCUUGAAGAAAAACAAAAAAAUUCAGACGAAAAUUCCAAUUUAGGAAUAAAACUAGAUUUAAUUGAAAAGAAAAAUGCUCUUCAAGACGACCAAAUCGAAAGUUUGAAAAAGUCUAUCAAAAAUAAAGAUAUCUAUAUUUCACAAUUAGAAACCCAAAUAAAGCAUCUUAAACUUGAAUCCGAAAAAAAUUGUUCUAGCAGGCUAUCACUUGCUACUGACGGAUCAUUAAAUGGAUAUAGUGGCAAACAGGCCUUUGAAGAAGAGACUAGAAAGCUAGGGAAAAGAGCUAACAGUGUUGCCCCUGAAUCUGAAGAAAGCCUCCACACUGAACAUUUCAACUACAAUGAUGUAUUGAAAGAUUUAAGAGAAAUUACAUCAAGAGCUUCUAGAGCAUUAGAUCAAAGCAAUGUUAUGAGAAAAUCAAAUUCGGUAAAAGCGUCUCAUGCACAUAGUGCUUCACCUUUUCUAAAAUCAAAAGAGCCAUCUCAAGCUAAGCCGCUGGCAAGAAAGCCAACUGAAGAACUCUCUAAAAAGUCAUCUAUUUCUUCAAAGCAGCUUGACUAUGAAAGAUUAAAAAGGAAAUAUGGGGGAAUCUCUCCUUUUAGCCCAAGGCAGAUGAUAAGUAAAGGAAAAUAUGAUGUGUAA